AUGAACAUCGGCUGUUGCCUUGUUGUCUGCCAAUGGAUUUUGUUCUCCAAUCACGGUUUAUCUUUCUUGAAGGAGGCGGUUCAAACCAUGGUGCACAUCUCGAAAAACCUUUCCGCUACCGUAUCCGAUGGUCGCAAUGUCAGCUACAAGAAUUUUUGUGGUCACUAUUGUGAUUCAAAUGUCGUCGUAGGAUAUUUCUUGCAAGCACUCUAUCAGAAGACGCUCAAUCCAGAAUCGAUGACUCUGCAAUUGACAUAUCCCAUAGCGGAUUUACGUGGCAUUAAACUGCAUUUGGAGCGCAACUUCUACGGACUCAUCUCCAUGUCAUUCAUGGCUGAAAUGAAGACGGAAGCCGACACAGAGCGACUUGGUGCGUGGGAGCUGACCUUGUUCGAUUUCUGCUACAAUUACACAGCAAAUAGUUACAACAAGCUAGAAAUACAGGUGAUUGGUGCUGAGAUUGUAGACACCGAAAUGAACAAGGACGGUUUCUCCAUAAUGUUUGCCUUUGUCUGCAUUACCGUGAGCGGAUCAUCGCUCUACUUUGAUCGCCUACGAUGGAGUACUAUUCUCGUGGCUGUGAGCUGUGCCAUAGUACCGGUGCUGGCGAUUACGACAACUUUCGGUCUGUGCUCGUUGAUCGGCAACAGGACGAACUCGCUUAUGCUCAUUAUGCCGUUCUUGAUAAUGGGAAUUGGUUGGUAG